UCUCUCUCUCUCUCUCUCUCUCUGAUGUAUAGAUGCUGCAUUGAUUCCACACAAACCACCCCCCAUCACUGAUAUGCUCUCAGCUGCAGAACUUCUUAAUUUCAGCCUUGAAAGGAAGACAAGGAAAGGGAGGGAGGGAGAGAUAGAAAGAAAGCAGAAGAGACGGGAAACUGGAGAGGGAGGGAGGGACAGAUAGUGAGCAACAAAGAGACAGAACUGGACAGGAAGGGAAAGAUAGAUAGUGAGCAGGAGAGAGAAACAGAGCUGGGGAUAGAAGGAAUGAUAGACAGAGUGGGAGAAAGGGGGCAAGAAACAGCUGGAGAGAGAGGAGGGUUAGAGACAGAGAGGGAGAGAAAGUGAGGAUUUGGGUAUGAUUUUCUGGGGUGCAUGAACAUGAAAAAUCUAUAUUAUCCGUGCCUGGCGAUACAUCUUCCUACAAACUGAGGACCACAGAUCCCCCCCCAGCUGGUCCAGUCCCUGGUGAAAUCAUGUCCCAGCUCCUGCAGGUUGAGAUCCCAAACUUCGGCAGCACAGUGCUGGGCAGCCUGAAUGAGCAGAGGCUGCUGGGACAGCAUUGUGACGUCUCCAUCGUGGUGAACGGGCAGAGCUUCCAGGCCCACCGCUCGGUGCUGGCCGCCAGCAGCCUGUACUUCCGCGACCUGUUCAGCGGCAGCUCCAAGGAGCAGUUCGAGCUGCCGUCGUCAGUGGCGCCCGCCUGCUUCGCGCAGAUCCUGUCCUUCUGCUACACAGGGCGCCUGACUAUGGCGGCCAGCGAGCAGCUGGUGGUGAUGUACACGGCGGGGUACCUGCAGGUGCAGCACAUCGUGGAGAGGGGCAUGGAACUCAUGUUCAAGGCUAACUCCCCACACUGCGACUCCCAGAGCACCGCGCAGGAUGACCCUGGUUCUGAGCCCCACAGCCCCCCCCCGGCACCCACCCUGGGCCCUCCUGGCUGGUCACUGUCGGCGCCAUUGGCAACGGCAGGCAUCCGCAGGAUCAAGCAGGAGGCAGCCGAAGCCCCCGUGACGGCGCAGGGGACCGGGGUCAGGCGGGGCGAAGGGGCCAUGGGGGCCCGGCCUCAGAGGAGUGGCUCACUGUUUUACACGGGGGUGGGGGGCCUGCAGCCAUAUCCCCUCACCCCUGGGGAGGGCUCAAGUCCGGGAGCCUCCAGCCUGCCCCCCACCGACAGCCCCACCUCCUACCAGAACGAGGAUGAGGAGUUUGAGGAAGAGUCAUAUGACAGCUUGGCCGAGGACGCGUACGGACAACUCUAUAGCCGCUCUGCCAGCACAUAUGCCAUCCAGGACAAACUGGAGGUGUCGGGCAUGCCCCUGUCGCUGGAGAGCCGCUCCUGCGUGCUGCUUCGCCGGGACCUGGUGUCACUGCCAGCCAGCCUCAUCAGCCAGAUUGGUUACCGCUGUCACCCCAAACUCUACACCGAGGGGGACCCUGGGGAGAAACUGGAGCUGGUGGGAGGCACUGGCGUAUUCAUGACCCGGGGCCAGCUCAUGAACUGCCACCUGUGUGCUGGAAUCAAGCACAAGGUGUUACUGCGCCGACUUCUGGCCACCUUCUUUGACAGGAACACACUAGCUAAUAGCUGUGGGACAGGAAUACGUUCCUCCACCUGCGAUCCCAGCAGAAAACCACUCGACAGCCGUGUGCUCAACGCUGUAAAACUUUACUGUCAAAACUUCGCCCCCAACUUCAAGGAGAGCGAGAUGAACGUGAUUGCAGCGGACAUGUGCACCAACGCACGACGCGUACGGAAGCGCUGGCUUCCCAAGAUCAAGUCCAUGCUGCCUGACGGAAUGGAGGUGUGCAGGGGCGGGGCCUCCACGAAUGUGGCACACGUGAUCGCCAGCCAGGCCGGGUUGGCCUUGCCCUUCGAGGCCGACUUCAAAGCCCUGGUGCCAUCUGGCCUAAACUUCGAGCAGCAGCUGUACAGGGAUCGCAAAGAGACCCAUAGAACUCACCUGCAGCUUAGCAGGGUCAGCCCAGGGGUAGGGCCUGCGAUGGAAGGGGUGGAGCCUGAGCUGAAUGCAGCCCAGGUGGAGGAAGAGCGGGAGGGGGAAGAUGAGGCUCCCUUGGAGGGUGCAGAGGGUUCGGCGGGUGUGAAUCUGCCUAGUCCCAAGGAAGAGGUGGGGGACAGGGUGGGGGGUAGGGGCUGCCAGCCCUCCUCCCCUGAGGGACAGCAGGGGGAGCAGACUGGAGAGGGGCUGAGGGUAAAUGUCCAGUGAGUCCCCCUGUCUGCCCAACUCACUGUUCUGCCCAUCAAAAGGGCCUUGCAACCUUAUAAAUACAGAUGAUACACGGAUAACCACACUAAGGAGCAGAAACACUCAUACGCACACACACACAGUUUGGGGGGUUAGGAAAAUUUCUGAGAAAUGGGCAGAGAGAUGAAUACUAGUUCAUGGAAAACACUGUGAAAAACAAACAGCAGGACAGUUCCCAGAAUAGAUUGGAGCUUGUAAGAAGUUGCUACUUCUACAAGAUCAGUGGACUGAAGUAUCCGUCCAUCUACACACGGAUUUCAUAAUUUCAUUUCAGUAUAAGAUAUUAUACUGAAAUGCAGUAAACUGGGCGGACUGAAGUCGGGAGAACACAAUCGCAUGUUUUUUUCUGCAUUUACGUGGCAGAGCACAGCAUUCUGAAGAAAGAAGGGAAAUUGCUCUGCUUAGUGGAGGAUGAGAAACUUUGGUCUAAAGCAGAAUUACUUGACACUUAAGGGUCAACAAAGGUUUGCCAGUGAAAACAGUGAGAGAUGGCUGCCGUAGCAUUUCCUCAGCAGACUGCCUUAUAAUGUUUUUGCUUUAAAAGUUUGAGGCGAUGCAUAGAGGACUGGACUGGCAGCUUUUGUGUGUUUAAUCCCUUGUCAGAAAAGCACUGUCUCAGUGUGGAGAGAAUUAAUGCUGUUAGUGUGUGGGAACUUCCCUCUCCCCCAAACACACUCACACACACACACACAAACACACACACACGCAUGCAAACACACACCCGCACACACACGAACGCACACAUACACGCACACACAUUCACAAACACGCAUCUACACAUACACAC